GGCUGAGCUCUCGGCGGGGAAGGAACUCCUGCAUCGUGUCACACUCUGAGGUGGAUCAACACGGAUUUUUGUCGAUAUACCACUUGUGCUCUCGAUAAUACGAAGUGGAAAGUGGUCCUUGGUAGCGAUCGCUUGUGCGUACUCUCUGUCCUUGUUGGUACGAUUAAAAGUGCACUAAUUUCUUGUGGAUUUCAACACGCGUGCUGUGGGAGUUGUGUGAACACGCUAAUUGUUCGCCAGUAAUUAGCGACUAGAAGAAGAGGAUCUCGUUCCAGGGACACGAUGGGGAACCUACGAGGACUUCCGGUACUGCUUCUGCUGGGGACCUUCUCCAUAACAGAUUCCUAUUCUCUCAACUCAUCAGGAAAGUUCAGAAGCGCGCAGAACUUGGUCAUCAUGCCAUUAGGGGAUGUGCAGUUAGUAUUCCAGGGAGGUAGUUUCUUCGUUUCCUGCUACAGCAAUGCAACUAACGUUCAACGGGUCAUGUGGACUGGUCCAGAGGGCCAGCAGAUCACCAACUACAAGGGCAGUGUGCCUUAUAACGAGAUACCAAGGAUCCAUGUGGAAGAUGGCCAGAAUGGCCACAAGGGGGUGGACCUGGUCUUUGAUAAUAUCACCCGUAAGGACCGGGGAGUUUACACAUGCUCUGCUAAUGUUGAUGGCAUCGAGGAGUCCCAGUCUUUCAAGCUCUGUGUCUACAAGCGACUGGACUUCCAGGACACCCUGGCAGUCCAGUUUCUAGAGGAAGGUUUGUCUUCAGAGCUCCACUGUGAUGUCGAUGGCGACCCCACUCCCAGGGUCAGCUGGCGUGUCCGGGAAAGGAAGAUUGCCAAUGGCGACAAGUAUGAAGUAAGUAGUGAGAGGCCCAACAACCUCAUUGUCCACAAUGUUACCCUCGAUGAUGCUGGCGAGUACAAAUGCGUCGCUCUUCAGCUCUCAGAACACAUUUCUGACUUCAAGGAUUUUAUUGUCAAUGUAAAAGUUCACCACAAACCUCAGUGGCUGGAGGACCGCAUGGACCAGGCCUACAGCUACAUGAUGGGGGAAGUGAAUCUAACCUGCGAGGCUGUGGCAGAACCUCAAGCUAAUUUCACUUGGAUCAAGGAGAAUAAGAUAAUCACACCCUCAGACACUGUCCAGAUCUUUAAUGAUGAUCAUAAAAGCACACUGCAGUUAACAGUCACUGGCCCUGAGAUGUUUGGAGACUACCUGUGCAAGGCAGAGAACAAACUGGGAACACUGGAACGAGCCAUCAUUUUAGAGAAGGGAGCGAAGCCUGCAGUGCCUACUGCAAAGGUUACUCAUGCUGAUGUUAAUGCUCUACAUCUAUCCCUCUCUGCCAAAAAUCACCCUAAAAUGCCAAUUCUGGCUUAUCGUGUACAAUAUAAAAUACCAGGAGAUGACUGGAAAUUUGCACAAGCCAUGGAAUUCAAGAAAGGGGAUAGCUACAUCAUCAACAGUUUGACUGAUGACACAUUGUAUGUACUGCGGGCGUCAGCCAAGAAUGCUGCUGGCUACUCUGAUUUCUCUAGUGAAGUUAUGGAGAAGACCAAGAAGGUUCAGGCUGAAACUAUCCACUCUGGUUCCUCUAUUGCCCUUGGGUCUUCUUCUGCUGCCAUCUUAUUUUCUCUUGCUUUCUCUGCUAUCCUCUUGUGAACAUCACAUUCAGAGAGAAUGUUGUAGCUUUUUGUUAACUUGAGAAAAUUAUGACUUAGUCAUUUUGUCAGUAUUUACAUAUUUUAGAUAAAAGUAAUAAUAUAAUAUAAUGAAUUUUAGGAAACCUACGAUCCAAAUAUAAGCUGAAAUAGUAUUAUGCUUGCACUAUCAGGCAUCAAUUAAAAUAUAACAAUUUAAUGGUGACUGCCAUUUAGAUCCACCUAAUGAUACUUGGUAUGAAAUUGACAAAUAAUUGUCUGGAAAAUACCUAAAUUAUGUUUAAGUGACAGUUCAUACAUUUAUUCACUAUUUAGUUAAUUUAUAUUUUCCCCUUUCAUUUGUGAUCAGUUUUCUCCUUUCCUACAGUGUAAAAAAGCUUUUAAAACAGAUUAUUAUUGACCCUCAAUAUAUUUUGUAUUAUAUACUGUGGUAUCACUGUUUUGACUGUGAAUAUUUGUUACUUCUCAGCAAUGGUGAUCUAAUGCACCAUAAACAUUUUUAGCACACAAAGAAAGUCAUGGAAACUAAAUUCAUUGAAGUAUCAUUAGAUCAUACUGUAAAUAAUGAAUUUCCUGCAACACUAACUGAAACCAAAGUCAGACACCAAAUAAUUUGUUUGUAUACAAUUAACACAAAUGAUUUAGUGAACAUAUCCAGAUAUGUUCACUAAAUCAUAUAUUACAGUACAGUGUGUAGGUUUCUACUAACUUUCCAAUGUUUAUCUAGAUAAAGUAUAUUUUACAGUACUGUACAUAUAUCUACCAACAGACCGGGAGAGUAAUAAUUUUAUGAACUGUGAUGUCUCGGGCAUUGCUUAUCAUAAUACCUCCUAAUUACUGGCCAUACGUGUAACCUGGUUUAGAUAUAUCAGGAAUUGUAAGCCAUUUUCUUAAGAUGUGUAACUUGAAAGCUGCAAGAAAAUGUAAAUAUUUGUAGUUAUUUUAAAUGAUUGCCAAGUUCUCCUAUUUGUAGCAUAGCAGCUAAUUAAACUAAACUUGGAUUCAUAGACUGCUGUGAAUAUUAGGCACAAAGUGCAGUGAAGAAAGAGAGAUUAAUGUUUUUCUCUGAUCUGAAGCUUCUAUUGGAUGGAUCUGUAAUAGCUAAUAUUGAUACUUUUCAUGUGUGGGUAUGUAACUCUCAACUCUUUCUUUGUGGAAGCCCCAUCGGCUCCCUGAAGCUAUCCCAGAGAUAUAGUGCUAUCCUAUUUGAGGUCAUCAGCCAUAAAGUUCUUGUUGACUACUGGAGACCAGCACCAGAACUUUGCCCUAUCUCAGGGAGGCACAGGUAGCAAUGACCUAUGAAUACUACAUUUAAAAUACAGGUAUAUCAUACUUGUCAUCGACCAGAGAAGGCACCCAGAAACAUAGGCUCAACAAAACAGACCACAGUCUGGUUAGAAUUGCGACCUACAUCCUCAAAAGAGUGAAAGAACUUCUGCAGAAAGAAAACAAACAAGCAACACUUUGUCCAACUAGCCCUUCGCUCGUUAGUGCCACCCCCUGCCCCCGACAGGGGGAGCAGCUUUUUAACAGGUUAAAAAAAACUGGUUGAGGUGGAACUUAUGUUCCUCUUUCUGUUGGUUCAGCUGGUUCUGUCUCAGCUAGAAUCCCAUUGGGAGAAGGCUCCUUUUGCUGGUCCCAUGGUGGCCUAGCCUAACCUUGGUUUCAGGCGCUGCUUACUCGGUGUCUGAACCCUGGCAUUUUUCCGUGUCACUGCCUUGCUGGUUCUAAUUGAAAUACCUUGCUGGUUCAACUUCCUCCUCUGCAAUACGUGGCUGGUAUUUCUGACACAUGUGUAUUGCCAUUUGUAUGGUGAUCAGGUGGCUUCUUUGAUGGUGUCCCACUUGCGGUCUUCUUCUCAGCAACAGUCCCAAAGUUUCUUGACGGGCUUUAUGCCAUUUUUUUUCUCUUCAUCAGGUUUUGUCGGUGUCGGAUAGGUUGGUCUUGCCCUUUCUCUUUCUUGGCUUUUCCUGGAUUGGUAUCUCAUGGUGAGUACUGUCACUUCUUGUCGAGCGGAGUUGGUGGAGCUUCUGCGGCUUGCAUUCGGGGUGAAUGUUACUUCCUCCUUGUUCCGUAAACUGUCUUGUACAUUUUUCACCAUCAGUCUGCCCUUACGCCACCUGAGCCUUCUUAGUUUCUGGACUGGGUUCUUUCCUUUUACUCUUCUCGGUUUGUGGCGACUCCUUUGGUUCGUGAUUGCUUCUGGUGUGCUUUGUUUGUUGGCUUUGGCCUUUGGGGGUUGGGUUGUGGAACUUCAUGCUCUAUUCCAGUGUGGGGGUUUUGUUUGUUUGGUCCUGGUGGUUGUUUUGUUCAUUUGCAGCCGGCUCCUUUUCUCGCAUCUUCUUUUCUCGCAUCGAAUGAAACGGCGGGCUUCUGGAGGGGUCAGUUGAUUGUGAAUGCUUGGUUGGUUAGGCCAGGGGGUGCAUCACAUGCAAUAUCCAGUGGCGCUGCUACCUGCGGGCCACCGGUUCUGCAUCAGUAGACGCACUCUGGGUUGCUCCAGUUUCCCUGUUCCAGGGCUCUUGUGUCUUGGGUUGUCUGCUGUGGCCUUAAGUCUCACCAGCCUGUGAGACCUCAUGCCCAUUAUGUUCAGAAGCUUGCCACUCUUUUCACCUGUCUUUGGUAAUAUAUCUUGGGGACAAUAUUCGCUGGGGAUGGGGGGUUGGAGGUCAAACAGGGUCCUGGCCACAGAUAUCUCAUGAAUGUCCUGGGCUCUCUGUGGCUUUAUGUUGCUUUAGGGCACCUGUUGCAGCUGUCUGUCUCUUCCUUGUAUUGAGGUCUGCAGCACUGCUGCCUCUCUUGGUAUGUCCCUGUUUUUCCUUCUCUUUUGGUA